AUGGCGAAAAGCCACUCGAUGGAGGCGGGCAGUUCGAAGGAAUCCAAGCUGCGACCGCCACAAAAGAUAACGCUACUCCGGGGAAGUCCCUCGAGGGAAGAGGUGACCCUAGAAGAGGUGGAGAAGCAGCGGGAGGAGCACGAGAAUGUAGAGGAGCCCCCAAUGCUUGAGGAGAACAUCAAGAAACAGAUCGCCAUCACACAACCCACCUUCCGCCACGCGCACACAUCCAUUGUUCUACGGGACCCCACCUCGACCACGUCGACGAUAUUGGCUGUUGAGGAGACCAUCAUCCUCCCCUUACCGGAAAUGACGAAACCUACCGAUCUUGCUGUCGAGCCGCAACCGAUUCGGCGAGAAUUUAGCGGGCUCGCCGGCUCCCCGGACGAUAGAGCCGAGGCUGAGGCUGACAUUGCACAAGCACGGGAUAACGAUGAGCUCCAGAGGGAUCUGUUGGAUGAGCAGGAGGAUGAGAUCCCGAUGGACAUCGGAAUGAGCCCAGGGGGCCCGUUGACCCCCGACGUCGCCCAGACGCCGAUGAGCGAAACCUCCACCCUGUACCUACAACCUAUCGGACAACCGGAAGUCGAGCCGCUACGACUGAAGCGAGGCCAACCACGCACCGAAUCGAUCGCCUCCAGCGGCCCAUCCGUCCUUGACCUUGUUGCCGUCGACGGGAAACCAGAAGGACCGCUUCACCUCCAGAAAAUUCGCCCCACGACGGCCGUGGAAAAGGCGCGCGACGAUGAUAUUGCCAAGAUCUUCAAGCAGGUCGCUGCGUUUUUCCCAACCCAAAACCCAGUCGAUCGUCGGCUCCGAGGCUUCAACGCUGUACCUACUCCCCUUGGCGAUGACGAGGGCACGGAACCGCUUCGGCUGAAGAAGCUGCACCCCGACGGCACCGAGACGCUUGCCGAUACGCCUGGGGAUGUGCAGAAGAUGUUGAAGGACGUGGCGCUGUUUUGCAGGAACCAACCUCGCACCGGGUCAAUCUGCCUCUCAGAUGCCUCCUCCAUCCAUCUCCUUCCAAUCGGAGCCCCAGCUGAUGAGGCGAUCACGAUCAAAAAGAUUCGCGACCCAUCGGCACCAAAAGCUCUGCCACCAGCACCGGAAGUUUUGAAAGAGGAAGAGGAGCGUGAUGUACUCAAGGAAAUUGCCGUGUUUUGUUGGGCCCAGCCCCGCCGCGAUUCGAUUGGCGGAAGUUCGGUCUCCUCACUGUGCCUAAUGCCAAUCGGUGGCGGCGACAAAGUACAUCUGAAAAAGCUGCACCCAGAGGAGAGUCCAAUGCGCGAGCUGGCCAGCCCUGACGACGUUGGACGAAUCUUCCAGGGUAUUGCCGCCUGUUGCCUGGAUGCACCCCGUACCGAUUCGAUAGCUGUCAGUGAGGUUUCGUCGCUCUACCUGGCCCCGCUGAACGGUGAAUCAACGGAAGCGCUCCAUCUGAAGAAGCUGACCUCAGAACAGCUCGAAGAGUUGCAGCGACGUGCUGUGGAAAGUCCCGUAGUCGCAAAAAGGCUUCAAGAGCUGACCCGGGGUCCUGAGAGCGAGAAAAAGCGCAGCGAGUUUAUGAGAAUGUGCUUGGAUCAACCGGAAGUGGAGUCGCUGCUCCUCAGCGAAACCUCGACACUCCUCCUCCAACCGCUGGAAGAUCCUGAGGGCGAGCUAACCAUCGACACGACCCCAAUGAGUGAGGCCUCAACGCUCCUCUACACGAACGUCGGCCGUGAGCACGAAGAGGCCAACAUGCUCCGGCUGCGAAAAGUGCGGGAUGCUCUCGAAAAGCACAUCGAAGAGAAACGAAAAGCUAGCGAUAAAAAGACCCAGGACCCGAUGCUCCACAGCGAGACCUCCACGCUGAUGUUGGUGCCGAUUGAUGAUGAACAGGCAGAGCCGUUGAGGCUGAAGAAAAUCCGGAAUCUGAAAUCGGAACCGGCGUUGAGGCAGCAGGCUGAGGAGGCGAUGGACGAGGCCCAGGUCAUCUCACCCUGCAGCAGCAAUGGCCCGUUGAGCACCGACAGCAAUCGGGAGAACGUCGAGCCGCUUGAGAAAAGGGUCGGUUUUUGGGUAGAAUCGCAACCGCCAGUGUUCCACGUGCCGGCCCCUCCAAAGGAACGGAUUAUGGUAGAGCACCGUGGGACCUCACCCCUCAAGAAACGAACCGAGACCCAGCAACAACCCAUCCCUGUUGAACAACCCCGAAAAUCAACCGGGAAGCUCCACCAAAGUGCCUCGAUGCGAGAGCCGCCCGUCGCCAAGCAGGAAGCCCCGAAGAAGGCCCCGCGAACGCCCCUCACCGCCCGCUCGCUGAAGAACUUCCUGCUCAAGAAGGACAAGCACAAGGUCAACAAGGUUCCCCUGCCCACCUCCGUGACGAUGCCACUAUCCCCACGCCAAAACCUGCACCUACGUCUUCGCCAAGACGCGCCGUUGGCCGAAAGUGAAAGCACCGUCAUCGAAAAUUCGCCGCACGUCGAGCUGCCCCCGCUCGGCUUCAAGCAGUGGAGCCAGAGCCCACGGGGGAGGAGAAGGGCCAGCGACCGUCCGCCGAGCCGCUUGGCGCUGCUCGACAAAAAUGGGAAUAUGCGAGGGCAGGCGAGGGACGUGUCGAACACUUCCGUGCGCUCCACGCAAGAACCCGGGCUGAUCGACGACGAGAUUCGUGAUCAGCCUAUGCUCGUAGGCGACUCGUUCUCCACGUCGACCAGCUUGGACCAGAUCGCCGGGCUGGCGAUGGUCAGAUCUUCCUUCGAACCCGACGUCAGCACCAUCAUGUCCAUCGACCGCAGCACUAUCGAUGAUCAAAACAACGACAAUCUGAGUACCAUCUACUCGCCCGGCGGCAACCACAAGCAGAUCGAGGCCAGCCUUGCCGAGGUCGAGGCCAUGCGGGCCCAGCUGAUGGCCCUGCAAUCCGCCUUGGCCCAAACGCCCGAAUCCCCGCCCCAAAAUAAAGGCCAAAUCGGGUGCUGCGAGCUGGCCCGCGAAAACGACGUGCUCCGCCGGCAGCUCAGCGAAAAGGACCGCCUCAUCUCACAACUCCGCGAGCAGCUCGCCAUCACCAAGCUGACCCAU